AAUAAGUGGAGAACUUUCCUUUAGUUCAGGGAGCAAAGGGGCAGGAGAAGAGCUAUCUUAAGAAGUUUUUAUUUGUGCCAACAUAGAAGUACUUUGUGGUAGGCCAUCUGUACUGGGAGGAUUUCCUCAGAAUGUAAAGUAUGUCGUGAGAUUUAGAGAGCCGGGAUUUUCUCUGGAGCUAUCUGGGAAAGCAGCAGGAAACGUAGACAGCACUGGUUUAUGUUGCUUGUAACGUAGGUGGCAAGAAUGGAAGACAGUUUGCCCGGUCUCCCUUCAGUGUAUGGUUCUUCUACACUUACAAACUUCUGCACUGAUGAUAGUAUUUCUGCUGCAAGUACUUCUGAUGUUCAAGAUCGCCUUUCAGCUCUUGAAUUACGAGUUCAACAACAAGAAGAUGAAAUCACUGUGUUAAAGGCAGCUUUGGCUGAUGUUUUGAGGCGCCUUGCAAUUUCUGAAGACCAUGUAGCCUCAGUGAAAAAAUCUGUCCCAAGUAAAGGGCAGCCAGGCCUUCGAGAAGCUAUUUCCAUGUCCUGUAUUACCAAUGGAAGUGGCGCAAACAGAAAACCAAGUCAUACCAGUACUGUCUCAAUUGCAAGGAAAGAAACACUUUCAUCUGCUGCUAAAAGUGGUACAGAAAAAAGGAAAGAAAAACCACAAGGACAGAGAGAAAAAAAAGAGGAAUCUCAUUCUAAUGAUCAAAGUCCACAUAUUCGAGCAUCACCUUCUCCCCAGCCCUCUUCUCAGCCUCUCCAAAUACACAGACAAACUCAAGAAAGCAAGAAUUCUACUCCCACCAAAAGCAUAAAGCGACCAUCAACAGCUGAAAAAUUGCAUAAUUCAUGGGAAAAUUCAGAUGAUAGUCGUAAUAAAUUAUUGAGGGCAGUUUCAUCAUCAAAGUUGAUAUCAAAAGUUAUAAAAAAUACAGACAAGCAUAAAGAUGUCAUCAUCAACCAAGCAAAAAUGUCAACCCGUGAAAAAAACAGCCAAGAAGGAGAAUAUGUUAAAAUGUUUAUGCGAGGUCGGCCAAUUACAAUGUUUAUUCCUUCUGAUGUUGACAACUAUGAUGACAUCAGAACAGAAUUGCCUCCUGAGAAGCUCAAACUGGAGUGGGCAUACGGUUAUCGAGGAAAAGAUUGUCGAGCUAAUGUUUACCUUCUUCCUACUGGGGAAAUAGUUUAUUUCAUAGCAUCAGUAGUAGUACUAUUUAAUUAUGAGGAAAGAACUCAACGACACUACCUUGGUCAUACAGACUGUGUGAAAUGCCUUGCUGUACAUCCUGACAAAAUUAGGAUUGCAACUGGACAGAUUGCUGGAGUGGAUAAAGAUGGAAGGCCUCUGCAACCCCACGUCAGAGUGUGGGAUUCAGUUAGUCUAUCCACACUGCAAAUUAUUGGACUUGGAACUUUUGAGCGUGGAGUAGGAUGCCUGGAUUUUUCCAAAGCAGAUUCAGGUGUUCAUUUAUGUGUUAUUGAUGACUCCAAUGAACAUAUGAUUACUGUAUGGGAUUGGCAGAAAAAAUCGAAAGUGGCAGAAAUAAAGACAACAAAUGAAGUUGUUUUGGCUGUGGAGUUCCAUCCAACAGAUGCAAAUACCAUAAUAACAUGUGGUAAAUCUCAUAUUUUCUUUUGGACAUGGAGUGGCAAUUCACUAACAAGAAAACAGGGGAUUUUUGGGAAAUAUGAAAAACCAAAAUUUGUGCAGUGCUUGGCAUUCCUAGGAAAUGGAGAUGUUCUUACUGGAGACUCAGGUGGAGUCUUACUUAUAUGGAGCAAAACUACUAUAGAACCCACACCUGGGAAAGGACCUAAAGGUGUUUAUCAGAUCAGCAAACAAAUCAAAGCUCAUGAUGGCAGUGUGUUCACACUUUGUCAAAUGAGGAAUGGGAUGUUAUUAACUGGAGGAGGGAAAGACAGAAAAAUAAUUCUGUGGGAUCAUGAUCUGAAUCCAGAAAGAGAAAUAGAGGUUCCUGAUCAAUAUGGAACAAUCAGAGCUGUAGCAGAAGGAAAAGCAGAUCAAUUUUUAGUAGGCACUUCAAGAAACUUUAUUUUACGGGCAACAUUUAAUGAUGUCUUCCAAAUAGAAGUACAGGGUCACACCGAUGAGCUUUGGGGUCUUGCCACACAUCCCUUCAAAGAUUUGCUCUUGACGUGUGCUCAGGACAGACAAGUGUGCAUGUGGAACUCAGUGGAACACAGGCUGGAAUGGACCAGGCUUGUAGAUGAACCAGGACACUGUGCAGAUUUUCAUCCAAGUGGCACAGUGGUGGCCAUAGGAACGCACUCAGGCAGGUGGUUUGUCCUAGACGCAGAGACUAGAGACCUAGUUUCUAUCCACACAGACGGGAAUGAACAGCUCUCAGUGAUGCGAUACUCAUUAGAUGGCACCCUGCUGGCUGUUGGAUCUCAUGACAACUUUAUUUACCUCUAUGCAGUCUCAGAAAAUGGAAGAAAAUAUAACAGAUAUGGAAAGUGCACUGGACAUUCCAGUUAUAUCACACACCUUGACUGGUCUCCAGACAACACGUAUAUAAUGUCUAACUCAGGAGACUAUGAGAUAUUGUACUGGAACAUUCCAAGUGGCUGCAAACUAAUCAGGAAUCGAUCAGAGUGUAAGGACAUCGAUUGGACAACAUAUACCUGUGUACUAGGCUUUCAGGUCUUCGGUGUAUGGCCAGAAGGAUCCGACGGCACUGACAUCAACGCACUGGUGCGAUCCCACAAUAGAAAGGUGAUAGCUGUUGCUGAUGACUUUUGCAAAGUUCAUUUGUUUCAGUAUCCCUGCUCCAAAGCAAAGGCUCCCAGUCACAAAUACAGUGCCCACAGCAGCCACGUCACCAAUGUCAGCUUUACUCAUAAUGACAGUCACCUGAUUUCAACCGGUGGAAAAGACAUGAGCAUCAUUCAGUGGAAACUUGUGGAGAAGUUAUCUUUGCCUCAAAAUGAGGUGGUAGCAGAUACUACUCUAACCAAAGUCCCCAUCUCUUCCACUGAAAGUGUCAUGCAAUCUGAUACUCCCACACCACCUCCUUCCCAGUCCUUAAAUGAGACAGUUGAAGAAGAAAGUAGAAUAAGCAAUUCUCCCACACUUCUGGAAAAUAGCCUGGAACAGACUGUGGAACCCAGCGAAGAACACAGCGAAGAGCAAAGUGAAGGAGGCAGUGAAGACCUCGGUGAGCCUAUUUAUGAAGAACGAGCCAAUGAAGUGAGCGAGGAGCAGAAUGAAGCAGCUCUUACUGAAGAUGAGCAAGAACCUUCACACCUAUCCUAACUCCAGGACUUCAGUGCAGCUGUCUUUAUCCUUCAUCUGCAGGUGAUCUUAGGACAGCGUUCAGAUAACAGGCCGGGAAGUGAUGGAGGAUCAACAUUGAUUGACAUUUUGGUUUCCAUGUGAUCUGUUGUCUUCAACAGGCUUAUCUGCAGUCUCCAUGCAGCCAACCUAAAGGUUCAGUUUGGUGUGAGCUGAAAAUUAACCAAACUUAACAGUAGGAAAAAACAAACAUUAAUUAUGUCUCAGAAAUUACUGUAUAUGUAAGUGGUAUAAUGUAAAUACUGGAAACAAAAACAGCAGUUGUAUUGAUUUAAAAUAGACCCCUUGUUAUCUGAACAUGUUUUCUUCAGGAACAACCAGAGGCAUCACAAACACUGUUACUCAUCUACUGGCUCAGACUGUGCUACAUUUUUUUUCCCUGAUGCAGUAAAAAGAAAUCAGGGGGAAAAAAUUCUCUUACUGAGAUAUCCUUUCACCCCAAGUAUCUGGUGGAAAUUUUUUAAUUAAGAAAAAUUUCAGUAUUGCCAA